GUUGCUUUCUCCUUCUCAGUCCCUGUUUCUAACCUGCCCUAUGUGUUCUCUUUUCCUUUUUGUUUGUAAAAUACCACUUUACAAUGGAUGCCACGCUUAUUUUAAAAGGGACCAUGAUCAAAAAGUCCCAGCAAAGGAGAAGGACAUCUCCAUGCAACUAUAAGGAGAGAUUGUUUAUCUUAGACACUCGGUCCUUGAGCUAUUUGGAACGGCGUCCUGGGAAAAAGCCUAUUCUGAAAGGUUGUAUUCAGCUGUCGAAUAUAAGGUGUGCAGAGAUUGUAUGCAGCAGUAUUCCUAUACCAUGCAGCAAUAAGUAUCCCUUUCAGGUCUUCCAUGACAAUCUACACCUCUACAUUUUUGCUCCAGACAACUACUGUCGCCAGAGAUGGGUCAGGGCCCUCAAAGAGGAGAUAAGACUUAAUAACUUGGUUGUAAAAUACCAUCCAAAUUUCUGGAUGUACGGGAGAUGGCAAUGCUGCCAUCAGACAGAGAAACUGGCCGCAGGGUGCAAGGAGUACAGUCCAGAGCCUAAUGGUACAAAGCUUCUUCCUGAGGUACCGGAAUCCAAAAAUACAGAUCGUCUGGGGUCUCCUGACAACGAAGGAGAGGGGCUCGUCGUGGCGCUCCAGGACUACACCCCUCAAGGACACAGUGACUUGCCUCUUAAGGCAGACCAGGAGUACACCAUGAUCGACAGCUCACACCCCGAAUGGUGGAUCAUACAAGAUAACAUGGGGCAUAAAGGCUUUGUUCCCUGCACCUACAUUGCUGAAAAGUCUGGCAGAAACUUUGACAGAUUUGACUGGUACAACAAAGACGUGACCCGAGUGCAGGCAGAGGAGCUCCUGAUGACCGAGGGGAGAGAAGGAGGUUUCAUGGUGCGGGACUCCCGACACGCAGGCUUCUACACCGUUUCAGUUUUCACCAAAGCAGCCAGCUCUAAUGGAUUGAAGAAUCCCAGAGUGAAACACUAUCAGAUUAAAGUGAUUGUGGCAGGAGGAGAGCAAAGUUUCUACUUGGCGGAGAAGCACCUAUUCAACAACAUUCCCCAGCUCAUCACUUACCACAAACUAAACGCUGCAGGUCUCAUCACACGUCUAAGAAGGCCAAUCUCCCAUAACAGUAUAUCAACCAACAGCUCUUUCAAUCACAACGAAGCCCGAUGGGAGGUGGACCCCGAGGAGCUGGUCCUGGGGGAGGAGCUGGGCAGCGGUCAGUUUGGCAUGGUGCUGGAGGCCAGGUGGCGAGAGAAGAGGGUGGCAGUGAAGAUGGUGAAGGAGGAAGCCAUGUCGGAGGACGAGUUCAUUGAAGAAGCCCAGGUUUUGACGAAGCUGUCCCACUGUAAGCUGGUGAAGUUGUAUGGGGUGUGCUCCCAGCGCAACCCGCCGUGUCUGGUGCUGGAGCUGAUGGAGAACGGCUGCCUCUCAGACUACCUGAGGGCCAGGAAAGGUCAACUCUCCCCGGCCACCCUGCUGGUGAUGUGUCUGGACGUCAGCGAGGCAAUGGCCUACCUGGAGAGUUUAAAGAUCAUCCACAGAGAUCUGGCCGCCAGGAAUUGCCUGGUUUCAAAGAACAACGAGGUCAAGGUGUCCGACUUCGGCAUGGCUAGGUAUGUUCCGGAUGACCUGUAUACUUGCUCAAUGGGCUCCAAGUUCUCCAUUAAGUGGUCGGCACCGGAAGUCAUCAAGUACUCCAAGUUCAGCAGCAAGUCAGAUAUCUGGUCCUUUGGUGUGCUGAUGUGGGAGGUGUUCAGCGAGGGCCGCAUGCCGUAUGAGCACAACAGCAACACUGAGGUGGUGGAGGCCCUGGCCACGGGCCUGAGGUUACUGCGGCCCCGUCUGGCCCCUGACGCGCUCUACCUGCUGAUGGAGGGCUGCUGGCGGCAGAAACCAGGAGAUCGUCCAUCCUUUGCUGUCCUGAUGCAUGAGUUGGCCUCUGUCUGAAACCUCAAAGAAAUUAUUUAUGAUGCAUUUGUUAUCAUAUACUGGACAAAAAAUGUAUGGUUCUUUAUUUAAGUUAUUUAUUGAUUUAUUUACGUGUUUGGUUGAAUGCGAUUUUAAAUAUGAACAAAUAAUUACUUUGUAGUAGGGUCAUGAUGAUAUCUUGAUACUAAGCUAUAAAUAUUCUGCCAAUUAUAUAUUGUUUGACCCCUAGAGGGCACACACAAACACCUUCGAAUGCUCAAUUACUGCUCAUCUUUGGCAUAAACGUGGUAGUCUAAAUUCAGCGUCUCAAAUUGCUGUCGCUUUCAUUUUUUUUACCCAUUGAUGAUAGUUCCACUACUAUAUGAAUGCAAAUAUGGAUUCAUUUUUAUUUUAUUUAUGAAAUACACACUUAGGAACAUACAGUUAAUAAAUUAUGAAUGAAAACGUUGAUGGGUGUUUGUUAAAGAAGUAGGCUCCAUCGCUAGGUGUUUUUUAAGAACAAUCUACGAUUUGAAAUAGCCCUAAAAAAUAAGUGAUACAACGAUUAGAAAUGUUUUUGGCAAAAACGUUUAAGUGAUUAAACGGAAUACUCGAACAAUGUA